AUGCAGAUUUUCGUAAAAACACUCACUGGUAAAACCAUAACUUUAGAAGUCGAAAGUUCCGAUACCAUUGAUGCAGUAAAAGCCAAAAUUCAAGAUAAAGAAGGUAUCCCACCUGACCAACAACGUUUAAUAUUUGCUGGUAAACAGCUUGAAGAUGGUCGUACAUUGUCAGACUAUAAUAUACAAAAAGAAUCAACUUUACAUUUAGUAUUAAGAUUACGUGGUGGUAUUAUUGAACCAUCCUUGAAGGCCUUAGCUUCAAAAUACAAUUGUGAGAAAAUGAUUUGUCGUAAAUGUUAUGCUAGAUUACCACCUAGAGCUACCAAUUACCAUGAUGGAAAUGAUGAUAAUUAUGAAGUGGAUAACGAUGGAAACGGUGAUGACGAGGAAGAUACACAUAGAACAAGUAAUAGUAAACAAAAUUCUUAUAGCGAUAAAUAUGUAACUGGUCAAAAACAUUAUCAACUUAAAUCAAAUACUCAGCAAACAGUUUCAAGAAAAGGUUAUUAUGACAAUUUUAUUUUCGAAUAUUAUAAACUUAGAUAUGGAGAUAAUUUUUUAAGUAAAAUUGAAAAGAAUCAAUCUGAAUUUCCUUUAGAUGAUUUUGAUGGCGAUAAUACAGUAGUGGAUUCUAACCCUUCAACCGUGACAAAUAGUGUCAAACUAUCUGCUGAAAAGCAAAGAGAAAGAAAAGAUUGGCAAAGUUUUUUAUCAUCUGUGUUAACUGGCGAGGUUAUAAAGUCUGAGAAACAAAGAAUUAAUUCAAACACUCGUCAGGCUGCAAAUAAUAAUAAUCAAAUUUGGUUAGGAAUUCGAGCUGUUACUCAUGGUUAUCAACUUUCAGAAGAAAAACAAAUUUUGGAUGAAAAGAGACGUCAAAUUGAUGUCACGCUUAAGGAAGUAAUCAACUUUCAAGUACAGCUAAAUGAUGUUUCAGCUCUCGUUCAAGUUACAGAAUUACUUCAAAAAGUUGAUUUUUGUGAAAGCCUUUAUCCAACACGAAAGGCAAUGAUGUCUGACAAGCCUUUAUACAAAUCAGAAAAUUUUCAAUAUAACUUAGAUGCAUUAAAUUCAUGGUUAACAAUAACUAGGAGUUUACAGACCCAACUAAAAAUUCUGCAAGAUUGGACCGGUAGUAAAAAUUUAGAAAUCACAAAACCAAAGGAUUCUCCGGCCGAUGCAGAAAAUCCUUCUUUUUUAGAAAGAAUAUUGAAAGAAAACAGUUUGAAACAAACUUUUGAAAAGAAAACACUUUCCACAUUGAAUUCGCUUUUAUCAAAAGCUAAGCGUGUAAUGAUUGAGAAUGCUGAUUCAUUCGUUAAAAUGAAAUUACCCCCGUAUAUCAACGAGUUUCAACAGCUUUUAAACUUUCCCACAAAACUUAUGGAGGAAUGUAUGAAGCUUUUACUUGAAAUCUCUGGCCGUUUGACGGAUCCAACGAUGCUCAUGAUCCAACAAAGGAUGGAUGACUUUCGUAUUUCGCUUAUUUUGGCCUGUCAAAUCAAACUUCAAUAUUUAAAAUUAAUAACACCAGCAACUGGGUGGGAAAUUCCAUCAUGUAUUGAUGAAAAUUAUAACACUGUCUUACUAGAAUCUUUAAAAUUUUAUUUAAAAUUGUUACAAUGGAAGGUUAAAGGUGGUUAUAAAACAGUUUUUUUUAAGGAAGCUGAAAUAUUGGAAAAUGAAUGGUCAUUUGUAAGUGGUAUUUGUCGUGAUAUUGCUGGUGGUGAAAUUGAGGUUGCUGAACAAUUUUGUACACUUACUAACAAGCUACUUCAAAGUGUUUUAACUUAUUAUGAAUCAAAACUUGAACUACCAAAAAAUAUUGAUGCGGCAAACAUUUAUAAAUGGUAUAAUAAAAUUUUGGAAAGUGUACGUUUAAGGUCUCGUAAACUACUUCGAUUCAUAAAGUACGAAGAUGAAGUUGUGAAAUGUCAAGUAACUGUAAAACAAGGUGAUAAAGAAAUUAUGCGUGGAAAAGAAUUGGAGUUUUUUCAAAUUAUGAGUGGGAUGUUGUAUCAUCUAAAUGCAGAAUAUAGCAUUGAUAAUGUUUUUAGAGAUGAUAAGCUUAAAAAAGCACAUUGUAGAAAUUCAGCUUGGCAUCCACAAAGUCCUGCUUUAAAUCAUAAUGUAGGUGAUACUAAAACCUCAUCAUGA